AUGUAUGACAUCCGCAUAUUGUUUCAUGUGCCAUAUACUACUGUGUUUACUAAUUUUAAAGACAUUACAGUUUUCAACACACACGCUGCUGUAUUAUUUAUCAUUCACUGCUUUGCAAUGGUGUUCAAAUCGCUUGUUUAUGUUUUGGCGUCUAUUCAAUUAGUCGUUUGCGUGUUGCCUAAUACGUUUGAAAUGCCAUCAAAUGGAGUACUUCCGAGUCCUGUAACAUAUUUUGAAGGCAUACAAAACGAAAACAAAACAAAUGCUGGACGUUCUCACGAGGCUAGAUUUGGAUACAUUCCGUCAUCUUUUGGUGGAGCAUCAAGUGGAAUGGGUGGAUAUCAAGGUAAUUCAGUCAGUAGCUAUGGAUCCCAGAAAAUUGAUAUAGGAGGUCUCGUUGUCGGUGCUGUUGUCGGGCUUGGUAUUCUAAUUUUCAUCCCAAAAAUUCUUUACUUACUAUUCGCAACAACCAAUAUUUUUAGCGCUCAACCAGUCGGAAACGGUUAUUCGGGAUAUGGAAGGAGUGAGGAUAUAAUGUCUGGUUUAAAUGAUAUAGUCACAAAAUUUGAAGAAUCCAUGUCCAAAUAUAAUAUAAAUACAACAGAAUGUAUGCAAAAAGCACUAUGCACUUAUAUACAAUCCACUGAACAAGUAAAAGAAAAAUCAGGAAUCAACAAUUUUGUAGACAAUUCAAUAAAUACUUUAACAAAAAAUUCUGUAAUGAAUUUUAUGAUUGAUGGUUCGAGAUUCAAAGCAGCACUUGAAGCAGGAAAGAAUGGAGAAUGUAACACCGUCUACAGACAAUGUCCAUUCGACCAAAACAGCAUUUAUAUGUUCUUAAGGCAAAUUUCAACUAAGAAAUAAACUAUUAUUGCUAUAUUUUUUUUUAUUAUUAUUUUGCAUAUAAUAAUUGUAACUAUAUAAUUUAAAUUAAAUCCAUGUUUUUAAAGUA